AUGGCAGGUGACACCAGCUAUGGCGCCGCGGCAAGCGGAAACACGCCCGCGCAGUACCCCAGGGCUGGACUUACAACGGACGCUAGGGACAUGGCUAGCUCCAACUCCAGACCAGCUACAUCAACUGAAGAAGUGGGUCGAAACACACAUAGGGGGUUAGUUGACGGGGCGGUUAGUUGGUAUGACGGAGAUGACUUCGUAUUCGACUACUCGUCGCAGUUUCCCCGGCGCCCAUCGGUCGAUGGGGAUAUGCCCACGGCGAUUUGA